AUGGAAAACUAAAGAAUUUGGACAAAUCGGUCCAAUUUUAUAAAGCAGCUAAAGAAUGAUUAUUAAGUUAAUAUUAAGGUUUAAAGUUAAUUUGAUGAAUAAUUAAAUGUACCAAUAUUAUUUGAUAUUGACUGUGCUUAAUGCUUUAAGUUGAUUCGCAAAAGAAAGUUGGUAUCAUAAGUUACUUAAAUUGAUCCUUAUAUUUCAGAAUAGUAUUAAAAGAAUUAACAUGAAUGUUUUUCUAAGAAUUUGUACUAUAUUCUUUUAUAAUAGAUUCUCUAUUGAAAAAAAUGGUGAUUAAUUAUAGAUUUUCAAACAUUAAAAAUGCAAAGUUCAUUAAUUAAAAAAGCCUUAAAAUUGUUAGAUUUGUGACAAUAUCCUCAAUAAGAAAAACUAUUAUAAAUGUUUAAAGUGUAGAGCUUAAUUUUUCUUUUAAAAUGAAUAUUACCCAAUAGUAGAAUGUCCUGAAUGCAAUUUAAAAUUUUGUAAAUUAUGUAAAAGAAAACAUCAUUUAUUUAAUUAUCAUGUUUGCACUUGUUACUAUGACUUUGGUUAUACAAAUUCUUUUUAUUUAUUAUUGUUAAUAGUAUUUUAGAUACUAAUAUUUCCAAUUUUAAUUUAUGCUAAAAGUUUUUAAGUAGGAAUGGAAAUAGCAUCACGCUUAAUUCCUAUAGUAAUAGGAUUAUAUUUUUAUGUAGGAAAAUAUAUUUUUUUAUUAUUAAUAUUACCUUUGAUAGGAUUAUAUUUAAUAGUAUUUUUGAUUUUAUAUUGGAUUUACAUAUUACCAAAGAGUAUUUAUUUAAGUGUACUAGAUAUUUAUGAAUUAUUGGCUUAGAUUUAUAGAAAUAUAUAUUUAGAAUGA